ACUCUGUGUAUAUAUAUAUAUUCGAGGUUGUUUGAUGAGAGAGUGAGAAAUUCUCUAAGCUAACUUAGCCAUGGCUACCUUCUUUACAUGCAAAGGCUCCUUGAUGGCUGCAACUCUUCUUCUUUUUGGGCUCAUCACAGCAAAUCUUGAUACAACAGAAGCACAAAUUGGUGUUUGCUACGGAAUGAUGGGCAACAACUUACCACCUGCACCAGAGGUGGUAUCACUCUACAAGUCACGUAACAUCAAGCGUAUGCGACUCUACGAUCCAAACCAAGCAGCUCUACAAGCUCUUAGAGGUUCAAACAUUGAAGUCAUGGUAGGUGUUCCAAACUCAGAGCUUCAGCGCCUCUCAAACCCUUCAAAUGCACAAUCUUGGGUACAAAGCAAUAUCAGAAACUUCUGGCCGGCUGUCAGGUUCCGGCACAUCGCAGUUGGCAAUGAAGUUAGUCCCUCAUCGGGGGAUGCUCGGUUCGUCUUGCCGGCAAUGCAAAAUGUUUACAAUGCAAUCCGAUCAGCCGGUCUUCAGGACCAAAUCAAGGUAUCUACUGCUAUAGACAUGACCCUAAUAGGCACAUCAUACCCUCCUUCACAAGGUGCCUUCCGUGGCGAUGUUAGGUCAUAUUUAGACCCUAUUAUUAGAUUCCUUGCAAAUAAUAGGGCACCUCUGCUUGCCAAUAUAUAUACUUAUUUCAGUUAUGCUGGUAAUCCGAGGGACAUUAGUCUUCCAUAUGCUUUGUUCACUUCACCAUCGACCGUUGUCGUGGACAACGGUCGUAGUUACCAGAACUUAUUUGAUGCAAUGUUGGAUGCUUUGUACUCGGCGAUCGAGCGGGCAGGGGGUGGAUCGUUGGAGGUGGUUGUUUCGGAGAGUGGUUGGCCGUCCGCGGGGGCGAUGGGAACAUCAGUUCAGAAUGCUCAGACUUAUUAUUCCAAGUUGAUUUCACAUGUUAAAGGAGGUACACCCAAGAGGCCUGGAAGGGCUAUUGAGACUUAUUUGUUCGCUCUGUUUGAUGAGAAUCAAAAGCAGCCGGAGUUGGAGAAGCACUUUGGGUUGUUUUCGCCCAAUAAACAGCCAAAGUAUUCACUCAAUUUCGGUUCAGGAAGAAUGAGUGAUGUUUCUACUAUUGAUACUGAGGAUGAAAACUUGACCGAGUCUCUCAUGAGUGAUAUAUGAGAGUAAAUAUUAAAGUAAUUAUGGGUUUUUAUGGCCCUUGUGCCUUAAAUAACAGAACCCAUGUAGAGCACCAUGUAUGUCUUUUAACAUUUUAUCAUAAAUAAAGUUGUGUGUGGGCUCAAUCCUGUUUGUUUAAUAAAAAAGCCCAAAGGUCCAAAGUUCAUUUUA